AUGAAAUCCAUUUUUGUCUUAGUUAGCGUGGUGGUUUGUUUUUCAUCAUUGAAUGCACAAUGCAGGGAUGGAUGGUUGAGAUUCCAUGACAACUGCUACUUGUUUUCAAGAGAUGAGGCAUCUUGGGGUGAAUCAGCGGCUAUUUGUAAUGCAUUUCACAGCCACCUUGCCGUUGUCAAUUCUGCGGAGGAAAAUGAAUUCUUGAAUUCAGAAUUGAACCGUACUCAUGUUGGUGGUGGGUUUUGGACCGAUGGAAGCGAUGUAGAAGUUGAAGGUACAUGGCGUUGGGUUUCUACUGGUGCAAACAUUACAUACGUGCAUUGGGGACUCAACCAACCAAACAAUGGAAAUUUGUCUAACUGUUUGAGUCUCACUUGGGGACUAUCAUACGAUAUGGCUGACGAUCCCUGCAAUACAAAGCAGAACUAUAUAUGUCAAAUGAGAGGUAGCAUCAUUGCAGGUCCGAUUAUUGGAUGA